UGGUUUUUUUCUUUCUCUAUAAACUAACUGAUGAUGACACUCAUUUUGAACCUUUUAUGAUUCUAGUCAUGUAUCUAAGUUUUUUUUUCAAGAGCUAUAUAUAUGUAUAUAUGUAUAUUUAUGUAACUUUUUUAGCCCUAAUCUGUCGAUAUGAUGCAGAGACUCGACGCCGUUCUUCGUCUCCGUAUCGAUGGAUGGUCACGCCGAUAUUCCUCCUUCAUACUCCGGUCUCAGCCAAUACCCGAGGGCUAACCCUUUUGGUGACGAGAGUUCCAACAGAGCAACCAUGCCGCCGCCUAGCGGAAGCUCACUUCCACCCUUUCCACUGCGUCUCCGGAUCCCACCGACAGGUCAGCCAUUCCAGUUCGGGUCGCAGAAUUUCAUCCCGGGAUCAAGCCCCUCGCAGUCGAUGUUAUCUCAGGUUCCACACACGAUGCUCGACUCCUCCUCAAUAGGCUCAGGGAGUAGUCAGCCGUCGUCUGUCUUCUCAGGCCUGUUUAAUGCAGAUCAACUGAGUAAGAUUGCCGCCUCUAACGAACUGAAAGAGAUGGCAGAAUCUGAUCCUAAGCAUCUCAAAAUAGCCUUGUCGAACCGGGAAUCAGCUGCACGUUCAAAGGAGAAGAAGGCGCUGCAUGAGUCCGAGUUGGAAGACAAAGUCGAGACACUUGAGACUCAGAUUGAUAUAUUGACUGCCGAGCUCAAGCUUGAGAAGAGAGAAAGAAUGACGGCGGAUGACGAGUGCGUGCAAUUUAGGAUUCGUCUUCAUGCAGGGGAGGCGCAUGCACGACUUCGUGAAGACUUGAUCGAACAAUUGAAUGGAGAAGUUCGUCGGCUAACAGAAGAGGCGAGUGGGCAGAGGGAAGAGAUGAGUAGGCUAAGAGAAGAGGUGAGCGAAUACCGGAGGAGGGAAAGUGAGAGAAUGAACGCAAACAUGUUGGAGCAACUCAACAUCAACCAGCAUUUUCAAGAGAAGCCGCAGCAGACAAAAUAUAAUUUCGAAUGAAGAAUUGCAUCAUGAUGAUCAUAAAUAUAUAUAUAGUUUAAAAAUAAAAGUUGUUUGAGUUUAUAUAUUAUAUGUGCAAGAGAGUCAUGCUAAGAUAUAAAAAAGAAUCAAUCGGAACUUCGGAAGGAUUCAGACAAAUGUGAUCUCUGUGUAAUGUCUUUUUUCAUCCAGUUGAAUAAAAAAAAGGAGUCUGUUUUAUAAUGGAAA